UAUUUAUAGGGGCUCCGCGAAGUAAGCACGCGUCUAACGGGCCGGUGACGUCAGUCACGUGAUUUGCAUAUCUCUGUGUAUAAAUGCAGUGAUUCUGCGCUUUUCCCUUCACUGCUGCACCCGCUGAGAACAAACACUUUGACUAGCACACUCUCUGACCCUCUGCAAACAUGUCUGACAAGCCAAAUCUCGAGGAAGUGACCAACUUUGACAAGACCAAGCUGAAGAAAACGGAAACCCAGGAGAAAAAUCCUUUGCCGUCUAAAGAAACCAUCGAACAGGAGAAACAGGCGGGUUCCUCGUGAAACUCGCGCUGCACACUUCUAUGCACUGUACAUUCCACAUUGCCUUUUUCACGUCUUCUCGCUGUUUAACUUUUAACGGAAAUGUAUGACCUAAGUCGCAUUAUGAUUGGACAACCAAAAAAUGCAGACGUUCGUACAAGCCCUAUGUUUCUUUGCCCACAUACUCCCCUUUUUUGUAAACCGCACCACUGAUAUUCUCAUGAAGUUUGUUGAUAUGGAGGAGGAGGAGGCGGAGCCUGGCGUGAAGCCUCACAGUUUCACUGCUGUGAGAAGUGGUGAGGGGGCGGGGCUAAGAGUUUGAGUGACGCGUAACAGAGACUCGCUCUUGUAACAUCUCUUGUGACUUUGGUUGACUUGCUCAAAUGCUUUAAAGUCAUGCAGUGUUUUUGUUUUUUUUGUAUGUUGACGUCUUGGAAUGCACAAUUUUUGUUUUGUAAUGCAAAUAAAAUUCUGUAAUAUUCA